AUGAAAUAGAUUCUGUCUUAGAGUUUUACUCAUGAUUCUGCACCGACAUUCUUUAGAUAACAAUCAGAGAGACCAACUAUAUUGACAAAACAACUAAAUUAAAAAGAAUGUGAUGCAAAUGAAUUAUAUUCUUUAAUUGUCAAUAACCAUAUGAUUAAAGAUAUAGGAAUUAUCAAAAUCUUUAAAGAAGAAGAUAGAGAAUCCAUUUUUAAAAAUCAUAUUGUGAAUUAUGUAAUUUAAAUAAGAACAGAUUAUUUUGAUUAUACAAUUCCAAAAAGAUAUUCUGAAUUUGAGAAAUUAUAUGACUAAGUAAAUAAAUUCAAUGAAACUUAGAUACCAAUUUCUUAAAGAGAAAUGCCUAAGUUCCCUUCAAAAAAAGUUAUUUAAACAAAUUCUAGAAAAACAAUUGCAAAAAGAUAAGAAAUGCUUGAAAGUAUAAUUAUUGAUUUAUAUUAGAAUUUUUAUAAUAUUUGUUACAACAUUUAGACCAUACAUUAUAUGUAUUUUUGGAUUUUCUUAAAAUUAAAUGUAUUUAUAAAACAAAAUAUAUAGAGUAAUUUUAGAAAGGGGGUUUUGAUCAAAAUGUUAAAAUGCAUUAAUUUAGUAAAGAUGAAAAUGCUUUAUGUGAUCUUUUAGAUAUAGGUCCAAAAAAAAUAUAACCGAAUAAUUAAGCUGAAUAAAUGAUAUUUCAUUAUUUAUAGAAAUUAAAUGAAACAAUUAAUGAAAGAUGCAAAAUAUUUUAGUAAAUUAUUGAAUAUAAUAAUCUUAGAAAGAUGGAGAAGUAUUAUUUUGGUAAAAUUUAAUAGAUAUCUCCAUUACUAUUAAAAGUAUUAUUAAUUGGAGAUGAUGAAAGAGAAUUAUAAGGAAUUAUGUAAAUACUCUCCAUUUAAACUAAUGAUAUGUAAAGUCAUAUUAGUUGUAUUAAUGGAUUCUAGUUCUUUAGAAAAAUAUUAGAAUAUGAUUAUAAUCCAAGUAAUAUCUAAAAAUUAUAUAGAUGCUGAAUAAGCAAUUAAAUUAUUAAGUGAAAUUAGUAUUAAAUAAUUUAGAACAAUGAAAAUAUAAUCUCAUAUAUGUGGACAACAAAAAUUAUGUAAAUAAGAUUCAUUAAUGAUUUUACAUAAAUACAUUUAAUAAAAUCAAUUGAAAAAUUAAAUGAUUACUUAUUUAUUAGUUGAUGAUGAAGCUAUUAGAGAAUAUGAUUGUUAUGUUUAAACUUACUUAAAUAAAAUGAAUGAAGAAGUUAAAUAAUUAAAAGAUAGUAAUGAAAACUUAUAAGAAUUCUUGCCUACUAAAUCUAAUUCAAUUGAGUAUGCUAUAUUAGAAUAGGAUCCUACACUUGAUUAAUUAGUAGAAAUAAGUUAAAUGAAUUUAAAUUGGAAAUAUGUUUAGGGUAUAUUCAUUCAUAAUUAUAAAAAGAAUGUGAACGACAUAUAAUGUAUCAUCUAUAAGGUUAAUUUGUUAAAACUAUUCAUCCAAUUGAUUGUUCAAUUGAUAAAGCCAUUAAAAUAUUUACUGAUUUUAAAUAAUAAUGGUUUCAUGGAAUGAUAUAAAAGGAUAUUUUGGAAUAGAUUAAUGAAAAUAAAAGUAUUAUUGUAGAAUACUAUGUUUGGGAAGAUAAAUCUACAUUUAAAAAAAUGGCUUUUGUUAGUGAUUAAGAAAUUAUUAAAAUUGAUGAUUCAACAUAUCAAAUCACUAUUGUACCAAAUACUAAAUAAUUACCAAAUCACUAUAAAUUAAAAUGUGAUCAAAAAGGUACUAUAAAUUUAUAAGAAUUUAGGUUAAAAAAUGAGUCUUAUUUUAAUGAAAUAAAUAUAACUUAAUCAUACAGAAGUUAUCAUUUAUCAAAAUAUUAUGGAUCUCACUUUCAGAACUGCUUUAACACCAGUAAUUUUGAAAGAAAUUCCUUGGUUCAAUAAUACAAUUACUAAACUUAAAGCUUUAAUAUGA